AUGGAGUUGAAUGAGUUGCAAGAAGAGUCCCUUAAAAUAUAAAGACUCUUAAAGCGACUUAAAGGCAUUGUUAACUUAACACUGGGUUAAGCAAUAGACGAAGAAAAUGGCUAUACAAAAUAUGACUUACCUGAUAAGCUUUAAGAUCUUCCUGAUGGCGAAAGUAUGUCUCAUAAAGUAUCAGUUAAGUUACCCAUAAUAAAGCAACCCAAGCAACCUCCUUUGCAUGAUUACAAGGAACAUCAGGGGUCAGUUCAUGGAAAUAAAACUGAAUCGAUACGAUCAAUGAGAAGUUUAAACAGAACAUUGGAUGACAUUGGAUUCCUGCCCUAGCCCAUUCAGUCUAAUAGGAUUAGAGUGAAUUUCAGUGCUGACCGAAAUCUCUAAGGAGGCUGGAAUCAUGACCCUAGUUCAUAGAUCUAUCAGAUGAUAUACAAGAACGAGAUUUAAAGACUGGAGUCUAUCAAGGAGGAUGAAAAGGGAUAGCCUAUACCUGCUUCAGAGUAUCAGAGAAUACUCAGAACUAUAAAGUCAGAUAACAAGGGGGAUAAACUGAGUGACAAGAAAUCCUACCAGGACUAUAAGUCUUCUCUGCACUUUAAUACACAAUAUCCAGGAGAUUCUAAACUCUCAAAGUACCCGUUAAGCUUAGCUGAGGAAGAAUAAGAGGAAAUAUAAUCCUUACUUAUCAAUGAUCCAAUAAAGCAAUCCUCUAGAUUUUUACCCUUUCCAGUAGAGCCUCCUGUAAGUAUGAAACAAAGAUUAUUAGACAACGAGUACAAGACUUUAAACUUGCCAGAAAUCAAUAAAUAAGUCUAGGAUUUUUACAAGAACGAUUUGCUAAAACCUAGAGUUUAUAAUGAACGCAAUCAAUAUCACUUGGAAAAGUAUUAAGUGAUCUUGCAAGAUAGCCAGAAUACUCAGUAAGAGGGGACUAGUCUUAUCUAGGAAUAGAAAUUUAACAAUGUAAAAUAUCAAAUGAUGUAGGAUCAGAUAAUAAGUAAGAAUAACGAGUUGCCAGCAUAGUAAGAGUAUUUGAAGAAGUUGAUGUAUAACAUAUUUUACACAGAUGAAGCCUUGGCUUAGUAGUAGAAACCUAUAGUUAUGGACAUCCAUUAGAAAAAGAUAAUGCUGAAUCCAGCUAAUCUAUAAGAGGCACAUCCAGUAUUUUCUAAGCUGAAGACUAAAACAUUAGAGUUGCUGUUUGAGGAGACUGGGGAUUUAGUCAGGAUGAAAAAUAGCUAAAUACUGUAUAACGAAGGGGACAUGUUGCAGCUAUGGAAUAUGAUGCAGGGUAAAUUCGGUUAAGUAUCAGGCGGAGAUACUUUGGGUGAAGAAGGACUAUUAGAUGAGAAAUAAGUUGGCGAUAACACAUAUGAUGCAAUUAGACUAGAAAAUGCUGAGGCAAUGGAGGAAACAUUCUUGUUUGAGAUAAAAAGAGAUAAGUGGAAGUAAAUGAAGGACUUACUUGGCAGACUUAAACUUCAAAUUGAUUUCUUCACUAUGACCAAUAUAUUAAAGAAGAAUCUGACUUAAAAAAGAGGUUGGAGAAUAUUUAAUCAUGGCAGUGUUUUACUAUGA